UUUUUUUUUUUGAUGAAAUACUUUAAACAAUGUCAACUUUCUUCUUCCAAACGACCCGAACUAUUACCGAAAGAAUCACUUUUACUUCAACAAGCACAUAUUGGUCUUUAUGAAGGAAAGUCAAAGCUUGAAGGAUAUCAAGAAGGUACUCUUUAUUUGACAAGUCAUCGCAUCAUUUAUGUUGAUAAUCAAAAACCUCUUGAUCAUUCUGUGGAUAUUCCCAUCAAAGCCAUCACCAACAUUGACCAAUAUGGAGGAUUUCUUCGAUCAUCACCCAAAUUGAUAUUAUAUUUGGAUAUAGAUAUUCUUAACAAUACAACAACCGCAUUAUGGAUGGUUUCCGAUACUGACUCUUUAUCCACUCAGGCAGCAAAAACAAUGCAAUUGGCAGCAGCUGUAGGUAUAUGGACCUGUCCGAUUUGUUCUCAUGAUAAUACUUCUUUGACUGAAAAAUGUGAAUUAUGUGGUGUACGUACUGUGGAUCCACCCAUCAUCAGCAAUACUUCACAACUUGAAAAUGAUAAUUCAAACAUAACAGGAACAUGUCCAGCAUGUACUUUUAUCAACCAUGCCAGUAUGAUUCGAUGUGAAAUGUGCGAUACCCCACUAUCCAACAAUUUACCACCUUCUUUACCACCACGAAGUCAAUCUUCUUCUUCUUCAUUCUCUUCAGUUCCAUCACCUUCCGAAUCUUCAUCCUCUCUUCCUCCUAUCAAAAGUGAUACUCAUGUACAAUUAUCUUUUAGAAAAGGAGGAUUGGGACAAUUUCUCACCAAAUUAAACACAGCCAUCUCUACCAAAGCAUGGGAUUUUUCUUCCACGUCUUCUUCUUCUCUUCUUAAGGAUUCAUCAACAACAACCAUUGGGAAUAAUAUAGAUCGAAGGGCAGUGGGGAUUCAAGGAAUUCAACAACGCAUCGAACAAUUAUCCUCUGUGACCAAUGAUACUAUGACAGAUGCUUUUCAAGAUUUGGAUCGUUUGAUGGCCAAUGCUAAUGAAAUGGUCAAGCUGGCUGAAACUAUUUCUAGUAAAAUGAAUAAGGAUCCCAAUGAUCAAGAUCUUUCUACUUUACGUGGCUACAUGAUUAAUCUUGGUAUCUCCAAUCCUGUGACAAAAGGUACAGCAGGAUCCAUCUAUCAUCAAGAAUUAAGUAGGGAAUUGGCGGAAUUCUUGGACAAACUUUAUACCAAAAAGGAAAAUGACAUUCGACCAUUGACUGAUAUCUAUUGUAUCUUCAAUCGAGCAAGAGGAGUGGCAUUGAUAUCUCCCGAGGAUUUGUACAAGGCUUGUCAACAAUUUGAAUACUUACAACUCCCAUAUCGAUUACGCCAGCUCUCUUCUUCUUUAUUGGUGGUUCAAUCCACUUUGAUGAACAAUGAUCAGGCUUCCAAAAGAAUUGUGGAUCAUGUUAAAAAAAAUCAAGGUCAUUUAUCAGCUCUUCAAUUGGCAAGUUUGGAAAACUGGGCUUUGGCUGUAGCAUUGGAACAAUUACAGAUGGCUGAAGAAAAGGGGCUUUUAUGUCGUGAUGAUGGACCAAGUGGAUUAGUCUUUUAUGAAAAUUUAUUUAUAUAAUAAAGACUACCUUUUUUGUU